AUGGGUUCUUUCUCAGAUCCCGAGAAGCAUGCGCCUGUUGAAGAGUAUGGCCUUGGGUCGACACCACUGGUCAAUGCCGACAAGCUUGCUCGUCGCCUUUCGGGCCGACAGGUGCAGAUGAUUGCCAUCGGUGGUACCAUCGGUACUGGUUUGUUCCUAGGUACUGGCUCGUCUCUUGCCACCGGCGGUCCUGCCUCGAUGUUGAUCGCGUACGCGAUUUGCGGUGGAAUUGUGUUUAUUACUAUGCUGUCUCUGGGUGAGAUGGCAGCGUUUGUUCCCGUUGCUGGUUCCUUCUGUACUUAUGCGGGUCGGUACGUGGAUGAUGCUCUGGGUUUUGCUUUGACAUGGAAUUACUGGUUCAAUGAUGCUGUCUCAACGGCCUCGGAUAUCAUUGCUCUGCAGCUGUUGUUGGAAUAUUGGACAAACAAUUUUCCAGGUUGGGCAAUUAGUUUGAUCUUCCUCGUCAUUGUCAUUUGCCUGAAUCUUCUUUCGGUCCGGGUGUAUGGUGAGGUUGAAUAUUGGCUGAGUUUGCUUAAAGUCAUCACCAUUGUGAUCUUCAUCAUUCUCGGUAUCGUCGUGAACUGUGGUGGUAAUAAGGACCAUGAGUAUAUCGGCGGCAAAUACUGGAACAUGGGAGAGGCUCCUUUUGUUGGCGGCAUCGGUGGAUUUGCCUCCGUCUUCGUCACAGCUUCUUUUGCCUUUGGUGGUACCGAGUCUAUUGCCAUUACCGCUGGUGAAACGAAAAACCCUUCCAAGACCAUGCCCAAAGUCGUGCGCAAUGUCUUCUUCCGUAUUGUGCUCUUCUACCUGCUCUCCAUCCUACUCAUCGGCCUUAAUGUCCCAUACAACUACCCUGGUCUCGAUGAUGGGGACACCCGCACCAGUCCUUUCACUAUCGUCUUCGAAGAGGCCGGGAGCUCCGUUGCAGGUAGCUUCAUCAAUGCUGUUAUCAUGACCUCUGUCAUCUCCGCCGCAAACCACGCCCUCUUCGCCGCUACCCGAUUGCUGUACUCGUUGGCCGUGGACGGUUACGCACCCCGCUUUUUCGGCAACUUGAACCGCUUCCAGAUUCCCUGGAUCGCCGUCUUCGCUAGCUCAAUCAUCAGUGGACUCUGCUUCGGUGCAAGCUAUAUCGGUGCAGGUCAAUUGUGGAGCUGGUUGCAGAAUAUCGUCGGUGUCUCCAACCAACUAUCCUGGAUCUGUAUCGGCAUUGCGUCUCUCCGCUUCCGUGGCGCCAUCCGUGCCCAAGGCCUUGAGCACCUUCUCCCCUUCAAGAAUUGGACCUACCCAUACGGCCCCAUCUUUGCGAUCGGCCUUAACACCGUUCUCGUCCUGGUGCAAGGCUGGUCGUGCUUCAGCCCACACUUCAAGGGCGUGAAGUUUGUUUCCUAUUACAUCGAAAUCGCCAUCAUGGUCGUCAUGUACGUUGGCUGGAAACUUUUCAAGCGCACACGAUUUGUUCGCACUGCGAAUAUGGACCUUCGCACUGAUCGGUACGAUGGCGGCAUUGACGACGAGCAUAUGCCAGAGGAUGUCGAAGAGCCGGAGCGAAAAGGAAUACUUGGCAAAUUCCAGCGCUUUGGGCAGUGGCUAUUCCUAUGA